GCUCAUUUCAACUUCGACCAGACGAACGUCAACAUCACUCCUUUUAAAUUUCGAUGGCGGUCCUCACGAGCAGAAGCCUGAAAGACGAUCUCGAGGACUUGAACGACACGAGGAAAGCGAUCGAGAAUGCGGAAUGCCGUGCCCGCCUCGACCACAAGAGGACCGAUUCCAAGCAAAGUUUGAAAAAUAACCGGGAGUAUGCGCAAGCUCUGCACCGUGAGGCGGAUCAGCUGUACCGCAGCGGCGAUUACGAGUCGGCGUUGGUGCUUUACCAUAGAGCGGCCAACUUGUACCCGAAGGACAGUAGCCACGGUGUCGCCGCGAGGAGGACGGCGGCGACGAUAAGCUCUUGCAACAAUCCGUCGAAAGCCGUGAGGAAAGUUUCACCUCUGAUCUCUGGAGAACAAUUGACCGCAGCCCUGUGUCCAGAAACCGCCGCCAUCAUAGCGAACGAGAAGCUGAAGAAAUCGCCGGAACCCGCGACGAUCCCCGAAGUACUGAGCUACUUCGACAAUCACAAAAGCUACUGGAAAACUCAACCGUCCCCCCGCGUGUCGAGCAAUCAGCUGGCAAAAUCGAAAAUGGCGCACAAACAGAUGAACAAUCUCGCCGAGACGUCGUUGAAGAAUCUCCAGGCGUCGUUCGACUCUGGGAAAAUGUCGUCCGCGUUGAAGAUCGCCCAGGAUUUGCUGCUCGUUUCGGGAGGUUUCCAUGACCCCACGCGUUACCAAAUAGCGGCCUACCAUUACCUGUCCCUGAUCCACGUCGCUCUGGGAAGGCACGACCGCGCCGUGUGCAGCGUGGCCCGUUUGAUCCGUUUGUCGAAGAGCACCGCGGACGUGAAUCUGAUAUGCCGCUCGUUGGUCACGUUGGGCAAGGUGCAUCUCAGCUUCGGCCACCUCGAGGCGGCCGCGAAGGCGUGGGAGCAUCUGGCCAAGGAUCUGAAGAAACCGAUCCCGGUCGCUUGGAUCAGGCACGAGAUUGGAAGAUGCUAUUUGGAGACUGGCAAGUACGAGAGGGCGAUGGAGAUGGGGUUCAGGUGCGUGGACGCGGCCACGAAGGGUAAUUCUAAGAAGUGGAUGCUGAACGGAAGGUUGUUGAUAGGUCAAAGCCUGGCCAAACUAGGAAGAUUCGUGGAAUCGUUGGAGGAGCUGCAGGUGGCCGCGAAGAUCACGGAGGAGGAGGGCGACACGCCGAUGAUGUCGUACAUCCGCGAUCUCAUCGACCAGGUGGCGCACGCCCUCCGCAUGAUCCCGUUCGAGAACGGGAGCUACGAGAUCGUCGCUUCCGCGAUCUCGCAGGACCAGGCGACGGCUAAGCAGAACGUGAACCUGUUCGUGAGCGAGCAAACGGUGAUAACGACCGUCUUCUCCCAGAGGAAGAUGAUCACGGGUGGGCGAAGGGAGGACGAGUCUGGGAACGAGGGGAGGAUAACGGUGGACGACUCGAGCAAGGAGGCGUCGACGUACGCCGAUUUCCAGGAGGAGCAGGAGAAGGAGGAGGAAGGAGGCGGUGGCAACUCCACGUUCAGAGUGAAGAAAUCAUCGUCCUCGGAUCGGAAGAAGAGAACAAUUUCGCCCUCUAAAUCCUCCUCCCUGUCCUCCUCCCCCUUUUACUCGCCGAAAAUUAAGGAGGUGAGGGAGAAGAGGGUGAUGAAGCCCAGGGAGAGAGGCCGGAAGAAGAUCGAAGGGAACAUGGGUGGGGGGAAGAGCAAGAACGACGAGGGCGAGCAGGGGGAUGAGGACGAGGAGGAGGAGGAGGAGGAGGAAGAAGAGGAGGAAGAGGAAGAAGAGGAGGAAGAAGAGGAGGAAGAGGAAGAGGAGGAAGAAGAGGUGGAAGAGGAAGAGGAGGUGGAAGAGGAGGAGGAGGAGGAGGAAUUGAAGAACGAGAGUAGCAAAACCUCGUUGAAAAGCGGCAACACAAUGGGAACGUACGUGAUAGAGGAAGGGGCAGCGUUGGAGAAAGCAGCGGAGGAGGUGAGCGACAACGAGGAGGAGGUGGUGGACGGUGUGGUAGCGAGGACGACGGGAGGAAGGCCGCCCAUCAGAUUGAGCGAGUUUGGCGAUAAGAUGGCGCAGAGAGGGGAUAUGCUGGACGCUUUGCGCGUAAUCGAGGAGCUGGGCGAGAAGAACGAGGUGGAAUUGUUGGAGAUGCUCAAGGAGAUGCUGUUCUCCACCGAUAAUGAUAAAGGCCGGGAUUUCGGCGACUCGGGGGGGGAUGGAUUCCGGAACCCGAGAUCGGGGCAGGAUAGGCAGAACACGAAUACUCGUUCGAUCGUGAUCACGUUGCCUUCGAGCCCGCGCAAAUGUCACGCCAAUGGGGAUUUUAACGAUUGUGAUAUACCGUUGGAAUUUGAUUAAUUGAAACGGUGCUCCAUUGUGUGGCGACACGAUCGGUUUACACACAAUCGUGUUUUAUAUAUAUAUAUAUAUACAUAUAUAUAUAUAUAUAUAUAUUUUUUUUUCUCGUGAUCGUGUAAGAUUUGUCUAGUCUUUAUGUAUUAUUUCGAUCCUUUUUUUCUUCUUUAUUUAUAUUUUUUUUUUAAUGUCAUUAUAUACGUGGAAAUCUUCUAGAGAAUAUAUUGCACGAGAUUUUUUUUUUUUUUCCACCUUCCACCUUUUUCGGGAGGCACGAGAAAACUUUGUGUUUGAAUUGAAAAUUGCGCAAUGUAAAUCAACGAGUGUUGAGCGUUGCUUUUUUUAAUUAUUAUUAUUAUUAUUAUUGUAUAUCGGUUAUAAUUUUUCCCAUUUUCAAAUCGUACUAAGUUUUAUAAGUAUAUAUAUAUAUAUAUAUAUUAUAUACAUAUUAAUAAACUCAAGUCCGGUAACAAUUUUUGGGCUUAUCCAAUCCGAUUCUUCUUUUGACGAGAAGAAUCAGUAUUAUCGUAUUAAUAUCUCUCUACUUUUUCUCAACAUCAUUUAUAAGAUCAAUCGGAUCCUCUCUUGUUUUCGAUCGAAAACGGGAGGAUCGAAUAACGAUACGAAAAUAUGUUAAACGGAAAAUCCUUCGACGAGAUCAUUCGAGAUUCAAUUUCUCGCCGCAGAUAAACAUCUGCAGACUAUGGAUAUGGAUGAAUUUUCAACGCGUUUUAGACGAGAUUGGAAAUGUGCGUGGACAGGGUCGUCGUGCUCGUCGAGAAUAUAAAAGGAGGGAGAAAGGCACUUGUGCGUGCUACCUGUUGAGCUACGUAUGUGUGUUCUCAGCAGGCCUCUUUUGUACGGUCAUCAAGGCGGCGGGAAUGGUGCUCUUCGUGUUUUUCAAGCCCAGGCGCCGUGAGAAAGGCAACCGGACCGACCACUUCAAUCCUCGCUGUUUCACCCCUUUCACCUGGGUGCACAAGCCUCUUGGAAUGUUUGCAGCUUCUCUUAAGGGAUCUUGUUCUCUUAUUUUAAACGUUAUUUUAAAAGUAACGUGUUGCGUGGACUAUAGAGAGUUGCCUCGUUUAAUAGACAAUUGGUAGACAAUGGUGAAAUUAUCCAGGAUUAUUUUGUUUCUAUUAGAAUGCUGCAGUGGAGGAAACAAUUAGAAAAGUUGAAAUUUUAAAUUUAGCAUCUCCUUCUUUCGUGUGUAUAGUGUAAUACAAGAUUAUAUAUUUUUAUUAUGGUGUAAUAGCUAGAAGAAAGAAAUUGAAUUUUUAAUUUUCUAAUGUUGUCUACGUAUAGUCUUAUGGAUCUCUUCUUUAAAUUAAAAUUUUAACAGGAUUCUCUCGAUUCUUUCGCGUGUAAUAUAAUAUGGGAUUAUACAUUUCUAUUAUGGUGUAAUAGCUGCAAGAAAGAAAUUGAAUUUUUAAUUUUCUAUAUAUGAUCUCUUCUUUAAGUUAAAAUUUCAACAGAAAUCUCUCGAUUCUUUUAUAUAUAUAAUAUAAUGUAGGAUGAUUUCUAAUACUAUUUCUAAUACUAUGGUUUAAUAGCUACAAAAGAAAAGUUGGAUUUUUAAUUUUCCAAUGUUGUCUAUGUAUAAUCUGUUAGAGAUUUCUUCUUUAAGCUAAAAUUUUAAUCCUAUAGGAUUUCUAUUAUGGCGUAAUAGUUACGAAAGAAAAGUUGGACUUUUAAUUUUCCAAUACAUUGUCUAUAAUUGGUCACAAAAAUGUAUGGUCACUUUAUUAUUGGAUCUCUUCUUUUUAAUUUCUCCAUUCGUGUUAUCUUUGAAAAAAAAAAGAAAAUUUGAAAUUUCCCUUUUUGAUGCGUGACACGAGCACAAUUGGAGAGAAUCGAGUAGAACAGGAUGUCACGCGUUUCAUGAAAUUUUUAACACUCGAGACUCGAGAUCUCUCGCACUUCAAACGCGCCAUUCGAAUGCGAAUCCAUUGGAAAACGGCACGCGCCAGAAGUUGAACGAUGCCAUCGAUAAUUAUUUUCCCUUUUCAUCGUGUGAAAAUUAAUUUUCUCGCGGGGAAUGUUAAUUGACCGUGUCCAGUUUCGAAUUCAAUUUGAAUUUCGUCAAAGCGCGAACGCGAAUUAAAAAUUUACAUCAAUCGUUUGUGCGACACGUUCAUUUUCGACACGUGAAAAAUACAGAAAAGCACAGGGAUGACUCCACCGUGGAUUUUUCCACUGUGAAAUUUGAUCAAUUUGGCGAAAGACAACACUUUUGCGCAAUUAUCGCACGAAACCUGGAGCCUGAACUUUCUAGAAACGAUAUCUCAUAUAUAACUCGUUAAAUUUUUAAAAAAUAACACAUUUCUUGAAAUGUAUUAUUCCUCGAGGAUAAAAUUACGAAGCUAAUUAUCGCCAAUAAUAUAUAUUGGAGCGAAUUUCGAACGGCUGAAUAUCAAUAGAAAAUCGAUUGGACGAUGAAACGAUCAUUCAACGAGAAUUUUUCCUUUCUAUAAAUCAUCAAUUCUAUCAACGAUCAUUUAUCAGGUUUAAUUCAUUUAAAAAAUAAAAUUAACAACGUUCAUUGUUAUUGGAGAACUGACUAACUAAAAAAAAAAAAAAAAAAAGAAAAGAAAAAAUGAGUGGACAACACGGAUUCGAAAAUUGAUUUCACCUGUAUGUAUCGAAUCACGCGCAAUUUAUUCCCCUUUGGGAAUUGUUUGAUACUAAAUGACCAGUUUUUCCUUUUUUUUUUAUUUGUAUUUUUUUUUUUGUUACGAACGAUUACGCUUGUAAAACAAUAACCGUCCCAUCCGUGGAGAUAAAUUUUACACGCGAUUUUGAAUCAAGCGGACGGUGGGGACAAAAGAGUUGAAAAAACUGGAAACUGCCAAUACUCGAAUUGUUAUGAACAGGGAGUACAUUUGGGAUAGUAUUUUUCAUGCCCCCUCUUUUUUUCGAUAUAACCGAGUUCGAGUCCAUUGUGCGCGAACAAUGUAAUCGCGCCUUCCCUCGUUUUUAUCUCCCUCCCUCUUUUUUGCUUUUUUCUUUCCUCCUUUUUUUCUUCUUUAUUUUCUUUAUUUCGUCUUUCCAAGUGAAACAUUGAUUCAACCGAUCCACAGUCACCGAGAUAAAAUGAAUAAUGCAUUUUAUUCUCGGCCUCUUUUCGAGCACAAUGAAGUUUCGUUCGAAGGGAGACGAGAGCGUGACGAUGUUGAGCAACGACGAGGUAAUAAAUACCGACGAGAGAGUCGACAAUGGCCAUUAUAUACGGUUGGAGAAUUGAAAAAAAAAAAAAAAAACGUUCGAUCUCUGAGAGCUGCUUAAUUUUCACGGGAACAAUGCUGAAUUUAACACCUAGGUUUAUUUCAAUUAAAACAUUAGAGGCGGAUCAAAGCGCGAUUCGAGCCAGGUUAAUUAAUAUUCUUUUGUAAUCUUUUUCCGGAUCAGCGUUAAUUAAUCUCUCUCCUAUAAAGGUUAGAAAACGUUUCGUUAAAAAGUUCCUUUAUUUCGCUCGAACGUUUCAAAAUUUUAAAUUUUGGAAUAGGAAGGAAUGUAUUAUUUGUUCAAGCACAAACAUUUCCAAAUCAAAUCAGGAAGAAACGAAAAGAAUGCUUUAGAGAAGGUCGUGUAGACCCCGGGCCGGGGUUCACACGCCACGGGCUCCAUUCUCAUUAAUACGUUGGAUAUCAGAAAUGUUAAACUGACAUUAUCGAAACUUAAAAUCUACGCAAAAUGUUGACGCUUUCCCAAUACUCGUUAAAUUUAUUACGAUUUUAAUCGUUAUAAUUCAGAUCAAUUUUAUAAACGUUAAAAAAUAUUAUAUAUGCAACUCGUUCCAUCUCGCGAAAUCGCGCAGAAAGCAUUUUGAAAUUCAUCGAAAUCGAUGAAACUCUAGUUCGAAACUCUGGUUCCUGCCUUGGGAAAAUUAUAAGCCCCGCGUUUGCUGUUGUUCCGUUACACCGUGUAUUUGUGUUCCAUCCGAUUUAACCGAGUACAACGAGUGCAACAGCUGACUUGCCCAACACAUGCACCAGAUGCUCUCGCUUCCUGCAGUUUUACAUUUUCCUAUUCGUCCGCGGGUCGAGGAUAACGUUACGGGAAAUCGAUAAAGCGGGGGCUUUGCAGUCGAGGAUGCAGAUAUCGCCGGGAGCCAACGGCGAAGAAGAAGCCGUAGUUACGAUCCGCAAAAAGCGUAACUACGUAUAUCUGGAUCUGUGAGUACAUCGAUAAGAAGCGUGAACUUUUUGACGAAGAUCGAUGGAUUGAAAUAAUAAUAAUAAAAAUAAUAGAAAUAAUUUUUGCAAUGUUUUAUUAUUAAAAUUGGCAGAAUUUAUUUUUGAUAGAUCGAUGGAAUUGAAAUAAUAUAAUAUAUGUUGAAGAAUAUUCUAAAAUAUUUGGCAGAAUUUAUGAAAAAAAAUUUUGUAUUUUGAUAUAUUGUAUUAUAUUUUUAAAUAUUUUUAGCAUUUCUUUUUGAUUUCUUUUUGGUUUAGUCUCUUUGUAUUUUUAUUUUAUUCGUAUUUCCUAAUGGAAACAUGAAAUAUGGAUUUGAAUAUCUAAUCUAGAGUUACGUAUGUUCGUAUGAAUAUCAUAAUAACAUGCACAUAUAAUGAAUAUAUUGUAUUAUUCUUUCCUUCUUUUAAUAUUUUAAAUCGUUAUGGACACGUGUCAUUUUUUUUUUUUUUUUUUUGCUUUUAAAGUUAAUUCAUUUUAUCAUUUUAUUUUAUCAUUAUUAACAUUAUUGUUCAAAUUUCGAUGCUCUAGAAUUUUUUUAUCUUAAGAAAUUAAUAUAAGAAGCAGAUUGAAAAUUAGAUUGAAAAAAACGAAAAGAAAAAGAUUAGAAAAACAAAGAAAGAAACAAAUCUGAAAAUACAUAUUAUUUAGAUAAUUUCGUGAAUGGAACUUCGUUUAAAAAAAUAUUAUUACCCCGGUUAUCGAAUUUUCGCAAAUUCUGAAUGAAAAAUACUUACGCGAAGCAUAUAUAAAAACCCAUUAUGUUUCCACGAUUCUCUUUAUGCGGAAUAACGUUUGAAAUAAACUUUCGAGUAUUUCAAUUCACGGUUAUAACUUUCCACGUACAUUAUUCCCUUUUCCUCUUUAUUAUAUUUUUUUCAUUUUUUCAUAUAACAACCGAUGAGAGUCGAAAAUUAAAAAAAAAAGAAAUAAAAAAUCAUAGAGCGUGAUUCCCAGAAUGGAAACAGUGUCGAAAAGUAACUCUAUCGUAAAAUUAGAUGAACCGUGGGUUUUUGAAAAUUUGAUGGCGCCACGGGAGUCACCGGAAGUCUCGUCACGUAACAUAAUUACGAAAUUCGGGUCGAGGAUGAAUUUCGUUGGAAUAUUUAUGAUGCGCCAUGAUUCGGGUAAUCAGAUACGGAAAACUUUGUCGGUAAUUUACCAUGUGAACUGUUUCAGCAAAGUCCUCUGACCAAAUAAUGAGCGAAUAAUUUUCCCGUGGGAAAAUUUCGCUAUCAGAAGAUAAAAAAAUCGGCACAAAAAAGGGGAACUUCAUUUGUGCGAACAGAGAACAAACAAUAUAACUUAACGAUCUAAUCUAACCUUAUAACUUUGAUAUGUAAUUGAACCUAACCUAUAAUUUAUAUACGUAUAUAUAUUUAACGAAUAUUUAGAUAGUUCAUAAAUAAUAAAAGCCUACUUUAUUCCUCUAUUAAUUAUAAUUUUUCCUUCGAAUAAAAAAUAUAUAAUGUAUAAUAGUAAAAGUAAAAUAAUAAAAAUUCGUGUUAAUACGAAAAUAUUUCACGAAAUAUUUUAUCUAAAAUGUAUCAUGAGAUUGUUAAUGAUCAAUUGUUAUACGUUUAGAAAUUUUCUCGAGAGAAUUUAUUUGUAUUACGAGAUUCGAAAGAGUUGAUCAAAGAAAUGAAGGUUUAUUCGUGACCGAGCAACAAUAAAGUUUCGAAUUAGAUUCGUGCAAGCAAGUAUACGACUCGCAGGAGAUCCACGCCAUCUUACCCCGUUACUUUCAAAUAAUCUUUUCCAGGCUUCACGAGACGAUCAAGAAGAUUUUCUUGCUGCGGUAGAGAAUGGAAAACAAUCGAUGAAAAUUGUAGAAUAUGGAAGAGGAUAAGCGAAUAGUCUCUCGGCUAUUUCUUUUUGUAUUGACUUUAGAAAUCGAUUCGAUUUUAGUAUCGAGAAAAGUAAUUUAGAAAUUAUACGAAAAUUUCUAAAUACGAGAGUAUAUAUUAUUUUUUUAGAAAAAAUUCUUGAAAUUUAAAAAAAAAACACUUAAAAUAAAUUGAUAAAAAAUUUUAAAUAUAUCACACGUAUUAUCUCUUGAUUUACAUUUCACAUUUAAUCUACCUCAUUAGCAAUGCAAUGAUCAUUUGUUACGUUAAAAAACGUAAUAUAUCGUACACGUGUAAAUCAUAACGAGAUAUAGAUUUCUUAUUUUUUUUUUUCUCUACGAUUUAUAUCGAAAGCUCUACAUCUCUCGAAUAUGAAAGAACACGAGGAGCAAACGUUUCGAAAGCUCUUUCUCCAGUUCUUCAAAACGAUUUUCGUAGUCGAUCUUUCGCCUCGAUAUCCACGUUUCAAGCACUCUCCUUCUCUCUCCCCGCGUCCAGCUUCUCCUCGACGUGACGUUGGCCCAUGCGACCUUUUCAAUCCUUUCAACCAGCAGAAAAAGCGUCUCGUUACGGCUUGCAGCCGUAGAAAGCCAAGACAGAACAAGAAAUACGCCUUCGUUCACUUUGCAGGUAUUACUGUCCCCUUAUUUAUACGUCGUGUAUAAGAUGCCUCGAGCUUUCUUUCUCCUCCUCUGGCUCGAGAAUCGAUGGCCAGAAAAACGACGCAGAAAAGACGUUGUUCCAACGUUGCAAAUGCUUUAACAUCGACCCUGUUUCUCGAGUUAUGAACGAGGGGCAACAAGUUGGCGAAACGUUACUCUUAAAGGCCUUUUAGGAAUUUCUGAAAAGAUAGGUGUUUUAUUUGAGAAGAAUAGGUCAGAACAUAGAUGGAAACAAGAGAAGAAAGAUACGCCGACAUCGAGGAAGAAAAGGAUUUCUUGGAAUUUUUCAUCUUUUCCAAAAAUGAUUCCCUAUACUGUGUCUUAUAAUUUUUAUUAAUUGAACUUUUUAUCCAUCUGUUCCUUAUCCAUUGAUAUCUCAUUAUACAUUUUAGAUAAAAUAUUUUCUCAAAUAUUUUCGUAUUUUAUUAUUUUUUAAUCGAAAUUAUAAUUGAUAGAGAAGUAAAAGCUUUUAUUACACGAACUACCUAAAUAUUUGUUAAAUAUAUUAUAGGUUAGGUUAAAUUAUUUGUUGAACAGGAUGAGUUAUUAGAUUAAAAAUCCUUUCAUAUUAAUAUAAACUUUUAUUAUUUUAAUUAUCCAUUAUUUAUUUGAAUUUAUUCUUGAUUGUACUUUAACUUGUAAUAUUUUGAAUUAAGAAGAAUCAUUUUUCUCGUCGAGUUUAUUUAUUUCGAAAACAUGCGGAACAUGUUAUUUAUUUACUGAAUUUAUCGACGUUUCAAACAUACUUGUAAACAUUUCGAGAAAGAGAAAAAUUCGUGCCGAGUUUAUACCCUGAAUCCUCAAUUAAUUCGCAAUUACUAAUGGCGGUUCCUCUCCAACUUGGAACUCGACGUAGAUUCAGAUUAACCCAAAGUGAACUCUGUACAGCUUGAUUUAGCUUUAGUGUCAAGCAUCGAUUCAUCCAUUCAAGACGAGCUUCACACAUGUAUAUCUCUCGAAUUACCCGCGAAUAAUUAUUCUUAACAAAAUCAUCCCGUCAAUGCUCGACAUUUCGCCCUAAACUUUACCUCUGCGAGAAUUAAACCCCUUUGAUUCGACUCUCGAAUCUAAUUUCGAAGGAAAAAAAACUUGAUUUCGGAGGGGGGAGGAGAAAGAGAACACGAGAAUAACCGAUCUUUAUCGAUUUUUACUCGUCCACGAGCCCGAUAAACAUCGUUAACAUAGUAGUCGAACAGCUAAUUAACUUUGGACGCCGCUUUGUUCGUUGUUACGAGGCUCGAGAGGCGAACUACAGUGUAAAUUGCAUUGCCAAUUAAUAUGCCGAACACACAGUGGAAAACCGAUUUAAAAACCGAUACAUCCCGAUCGUUCGCGCUUCCAUCCCCAGAUGGAGACACGCUCCCAUCCGCCAUAUCUUAUUUACCUUUCUUUUUAUAUUUGCAGGAAUAGUGAUGGGAGAGGGGAAAUGUCAGAGGUGAGAGAGGUGACGGAAGGUGAAAGGUGAUCUUCGUGUCUUUGAGGAUGAUUUCUUUCUUUUUUUUUUCUCGCUUUGAAAGAGCGAUGGUCGAGAUAGCUUUCGAGAGAAGAUCAGGGUCGGAAAUUGUAAAUUAAUUGGAACGUGGUUUUAACAUUUUUCGUCUUCAUUUCGUUAUUUAGUUUAAAUGGAAUAUUUAAAAGAACGUGUUCACUUUGUUAUUACGAAGAAAACAAGAUUUAGCGUAAUUUAGAAAUUCUUUUAUAUUAUUUUCCGUUUUUUUUUUUCGAAAAAAUCGCAACCUUAACUUGCAAAGAAAAUCGCUCGUAUUUUUAAAUCAAAAAAGCCUUUGUCAAAUUGUUGCUUCAUAUUGACGCGUGCCAUUUUGUUAUUACGAAGAAAACAAAAUUUAGCGUAAUUUAGAAAUUCUUUUACAUUAUUUUCCGUUUUUUUUUCGAAAAAAUCGCAAAGAAAAUCGCUCGUAUCUUUUUUUUAAAUCAACAACAACGAAGUCGUUUCCAUCGAGUUCCUCAAAAAGCGUUUGUCAAAUUGUUCUGGGAAAGGAGGAAGGAACAAAAGGUACGAAGUGAAUGAAAAUCUCUUAUUGUUAUUCCUUCGUCUUCAGUCUUCAGGCACAGUUGUUUUCGUGUUCGCGCGGAACAUAAAGGCGGAGUCGCAUUGUCCGCGAGAAAUCGCGGCAACGUGGCGAAAAUAAAUAUUUGCGAAAACAAUGGAGCAUCGAGUAUAGGCACAGAGAAACAGACAGGCGAGCACCAUCCAGCUCGAUAGAAUCGCUCGAAAAUUCCAUCAAAAGUCCAUUCAAUCCAACAUUCGAGCAAUCGUUCGACCGAUGACAGUUUCUGUUUUUUUUUUUUCCCCCCUUUCUUUUUCCACUUUUCCAGCACUUCUCCAUGUGUUGUCACUCGUUCGUUCGAUUCAGGUGUCGUUCACUUUCGAUCCACUCUCCGUUCCAUCUCUCUGAACAGGAGAGGACAAGGACGAGUUUCCGUUUAAUUGAUCCCGUAUGAUCGUUUAUUUUUGCAAGAUGGAACGAAAUUCGUUUCAUCCUUGCUUUCCUCCAUGAUGAAAUGUGUAUCUUCUGCGAAUCUUAUUCUUGCAAUAUUAAUUUUCUUGAAUAUUCUCAAAUUCGUCGUAUUUUUGUAUUUUAUUUCUGUUUUGGAAGCUAUAAUUACUGUCUCAUCGUUUGACAACGUGGAUGACAAAUGUUCUGGAGAAUAAUAAUAAAAUUAAUGGUAGAGGGAUUCUUUUGGAAGAGAAGAUUCUUUUAAGAGAAAAAAAUUGAAGGAAAUGCGAUUCUUUUGACUAGACAUUCAGUCAAGUUCAUUUCAAUGAAAGCCAUCAUUCGAUACUUAGCAACAUCGACGGUAAUUAUUUUCAAAGAACGAUGAAAAUCUAGUAAUAGAAGGGUGGAAACAGUCGACUUGACGAUAAUUAUCCUUGAAAACACUGGCAAAAGCCAGUGAUAGAGGAAUGGAAAAUUCUUUGAUUACAUAUUCGGCCAAGUUCAUUCUAUCUUUUCUCUUAUUGAAGCCAUCACUCACUUAGCAACAUCAAUUACAAUCAUUUUUGAAAACAAUGAUGAGAAAAUCCAGAAAAAAGAUUAAAUACUUGAUCUUUUCCUUUCUUAAAGUCAUCAUUCAUUUAGCAAUAUUAUUCUUGAAAAUAUUGACAAAAUAUACUCUUAGAGAGAUGAUUUCUUUGAAAAGAUCAAAGAAAAGAAAACUGAAGAAAAUAUAGUUCUUUGAUUAGGUAGUCAAUCAUCUUAUCUUUUCUCUUAUUAUUAAACCCAUUAUCCACUACAUCACUAAUAAAAAAAGAUUAAAUACUUGAUUUUUUUUUUCUCUUAAAGCCAUCACUCAUUGAUUAUUUUAUUGAAAAGAUUAUCUAAUACGUAGUUAUCUUUUCUCUUAUUGAAGCCAUCACUUACCAAUAUCAAUGACAAUCAUUUUUGAAAACGAUGAUGAGAAACUCCAGUAAAAAGAAUAAAAAGAUUACUUGAUCUGUCUUUUCCUCCCUUAAAGCCAUCACUCAUUGAUUAUUUAUCAAUCGUUCCAGAAAACAAAAUUUACUUUCUCAGAGAGAUGAAAUGAUUUCAUUACGAUUAUUGAAGAGAAUACAGUUAUCUUUUCUCUUAUUGAAGCCAUCACUUACCAAUAUCAAUGACAAUCAUUUUUGAAAACGAUGAUGAGAAACUCCAGUAAAAAGAAUAAAAAGAUUACUUGAUCUGUCUUUUCCUCCCUUAAAGCCAUCACUCAUUGAUUAUUUAUCAAUCGUUCCAGAAAACAAAAUUUACUUUCUCAGAGAGAUGAAAUGAUUUCAUUACGAUUAUUGAAGAGAAUACAGUUAUCUUUUCUCUUAUCGAAUCACUCAACAUCGUCGAUAAUCGUCCUCGAAAGAAAGGUGACAAUCUAAUGCCAGUGGGAUGAAACGAGUUUAAGGUUCUUUCGAAGGGUUGAGAAGGAAGUGAAGUUGUAGGAAAUACGGUUCACCUGGUUGGAGGAAUCUCGUUAUUUCUCGUCCUUGCCGCGAGCAUUCCUCUUUGAGACGGAAAAAGGGGGCGGCGAAUAGAAGGGGGUGAUUUGGUAUCUGGCCGAAUUAUAACAAGUAAGUCGUAGCCAUCUUUUGGAAAACGAGGCUACCUAACCAACCGAGGAUGGAAUUCCUUUUCGAGGCAAUCCGUGAGGCAAUUUCGAUAGAUUUUCUAAAUAAUUCAUCGAAAUAUAUUAAAACGAGAAUCUUUUCUUUUCGCCCUUACCUACUUAAACGAACCAUCCAUCCUAUAAGAAUUAUUAACAUGAUAAUUUUGAAUAAAUUAAUAAUAAAUAUUCGUGUGAUUUUACAAGAUCGAUUCCAGUUCUAAAAUCUUCCAAAAACCUGCCCCUGUGAGUAGGCAAUCGACGAUACUCCGAAGGAACCAAAUGAGACAGAUUUUAAAAUAAAAAGAAGCUUCGCUGAUCGAAAAUACCACGAUUCAAAAAUAUCCAAUAAUAAUCCUCCAUUACACCUUUAACAUUUGAAUUCACAGCGUUACACGUGUCAAUCAUAAAUAUCACACGUGAUAUCUCGUGCAAAUGCAACUUUCCUCGUCGGUGAACUUGUCGUUGAAUUUUACGAUGGGAUUAAAGCGUUGUCAUUGGCGAGGCGGAUACGGAAUAAUCGAGAGCGGGCGUGAAAGCCAUUUCGAGGAGGGAUCUCGGUAUUAAUCGGUCCUGUGUUUCGCGUUAAUACGCCACGAGGUCGCGUGUGUCUCUUUCCUGUGUCGUCGCGAUGAGGAGAGAGAGAAAAAAGAAGGAUAAAAAGAUAAACGAGGUGGAGAGAACUUGGCUCGAGGACGAUAAAAAGAACGAAAAAAAAAAGAGAAAAAAACGGAAAGAGGAUUAUUUAUUAAAGAGCAACCUCGUCUGGAGGGAUUUUUUUCGGGGGGAGGAAGGGCGUAUCUUUUAAUAAAGCGCAGUCUGUCAUACUUGAGAGUGGCACACGAUCGGGAUGAUGGUAUAAAAAAAGAAAGAAAAAAAAAAAUUCGAAGAAAAAUAAGGAAAAUAAAAUUCAAGGUGGAUGGUUGUAUGAUGUGUGAAAAAAUUUCGAUUGAUAUUUCGAUUCUGACCUUUUCGGAAAUAUAAUGUAUAAAUAAAUAUAAAAAUCGAAGGAAAAGAGGUUGCUCGGAUGAAAUUUUCCACAUUGGACAAGGAUGUUCCAAUUUGUGAACUUUUUUUUUUUUCUAAGCAAGCAUGAAAGGAAAUGAGCUCGUUGCGAAUGGAAUAUCGAUAUUUUCGAUCGAUCGUAUUUCGAUUCGAUUCACAAUAUGAAUAUAUAAAGAAAGGAUGCAUGUAUAUACUUGACUCGAAAAGAAUCUUUCGACUUGAUCCCUUGAAAAUUUUUCAUAAAAUAAAUAAAUAUUUAACUGGAACGGAUCACGAUUAAAAUUAUUCCACGGAUGAAAUUUCUAACCUUUUCGGAAUCCAUUUUUUCUCCCCAAGUAAAUAUAAUAUAUAUAUAUAUAUAUAGAGCAUCGUACAUAAAAAUUAUCCGAUAUUUCGAUUUCACGUUUACUUUUCACAUUUAUGAAAUUUAUUUCUAAAUUUCUUUGCGCUCAUAACUCUCUCUCUCUCUCUUCUUUACGGGCGAAAUAACCGUGAAAGAAAAGGAGCGAGCGAGCCGGGUUACGUUUCGUCGAGCGAUUAUUAAAACACGCCCACGCAUUAUCAAGGACCACAUUGUGGCGCGGGUUUAACUUUCACGGAAGCGUGAUUAACGUCGUAAUUAAAUGAAUACUUAACCGAGUAUCCCGCCUUGAAAUUUAAGGUCACGUCGAGGAGGGGGAAAGAGAGAGGAGGGUCGCCACCUGAAUAAUGAAAAAUUCACUGUUGGAAACUGUUGUUUUCUCGAGUCUCUCUCCCUCUCUCUGUCGUCCAGUCUCGAGUCGGAUUAACAAGAGUGAACCGAGAUGUUGCGCGAGUACAACAAGUUUCUAGAAAUUAUAUUAUAAUACGGAUGAAUUUUAUGGUGUAAUUAAUGGAAGAGGACGAUAGCGUGGAAUACAAUUUGUCGAGGGGAGGGGAGGGAGAAGGAGUUCGUGGAAUAUCGUGCACGUGUUUGAAAUAUCAGACGUUUAUUGGAAUAUUGCGAGUAUCUGAGCACAUCGUGAUAUUUGAAUCGUGAUGUUUGUAUUAUUACCGUUGAGGGCGUUCUCGAAUUAUGUACGCUCCCUGAAUGAAUCAGUUUCGACUUGAACGAUCCUGAAUCACGUUCAAAUGAUGGGUGAACCCACGGUGUGGUUCGAGCGAAGAUGGGGAGAGGAGGGGUAAAAUUAUUUUCUUCUUUUUCGAAUUUCGAGAUCUCACACGGAGAUUUAAUUUUAAAACGAUAUGUUGUUUUUUAAAUACGAUUUAUUUGUUUCGUUAAAAAUGUAUGUAGAUACGAGUAAAUAUAUGAAGAGAUUUAAUGUUUGAUAAUAAUAAUCAGUAUAUAGAAGAUAUAUAAAUGUAAAAAGAAAUAAAUACUUGUGAUUUAAAUCUAAAAUUCGUCGAGAAUUUUAAAGAAACGUUAAAAGACAUUAAAAGAUGUCGGGGAAAAAGAUGCUAAGUGACAAAGGAAGAAGCUAUGAAUUACAAUUAGAUAGAUAUUAGCUUAAAUGGAUAUGGAUAUAAGCUGAGAAAAUGAAAAGAGAAAUUGUAAGAAGACAUACUCAAAGAUCGAAAGAAAUAUAAAAAAUAGCUAAAGUUAGGAAUAUUAUUAUUCCUUAUUUCUCCAAAAAAUAAUAAAUAAACAACAAUAGAAAUGCAUAUAUCACAAUAUACAGGAUAGUUUAAAAUUAAUCCAUAAAUAUCAAUGGCUAGAUUAAAGAAUCCUCCUGGAUGUGAGCGUUAAAAUUAAUUUUAAUACAGUUUUGCAAAAUUUUGAAUCAAAUAUGGUAGUAAAAAAAAGUAGAAAGUUUCUACUUUUCAUACAUUCAAUUUUUAUCGCAUGGAACGUGUAAAAAAAUUAUUAACAAAUCAUCACAUUUGUGAAUUUCUAACAUUAGAAGUAAUUGCAUAACUUUAACCUUAAUUUACCAAAAAAGAAAAACAAAAAAACUUAUAAUUUAUAACGAUUCAAAUUAAAAUAUGCGUUUCGAUACGAAUGCUUCUUAAUGAAUUUACAGAAUAUUUCUCAACAUUAAAAUAUGACCGAUCGAUUGUCUGCCUAUAAUAUUUUGUUUAACCUGUAAACGUUCAAAAAGAGGAUUCAAAAUUUCAACGUUUAAGAAUUUUUACAUUACCUCUAGAGAUAACUAUUUUUUUACAAAUUUUAAAAUUUGAAUUUUAUCCAAUCAUUAUUCGAACCACUGUGCGACAUUAAGUAAAUGCCCUCGAUUAGUGAGUUCGCUCGAGAGAAACGACAUUGCAUUCGAUCGCAGCGUCCCUGAUUUUUCUCUUUUUGGAAAAUUAAUCAAGUUUCUUUAUCGAACUUGUACAACUCGAUGGAAGGGAUGUCUGGGUAAGAAGAAAUGGCCAGAAAUUGUUUUCGAAUUACCCUUCGAUCCGUUAUUAAGAGAAAGGAAGAGAUCUUUGUAAAACUUUCUUAAAAACUUAAAAAUAAUAUUUUGAACCAAUUCUUUCUUUCCAAGACCAAGUGGAAACCAAUUUAUCUGGAAAUGAUAAUAGAUAUCUUGGAAAAAUAUAUGAAAAUCAUACUCAUUUUUCAGAUAUAAUUUCAAGUUUUUAAAAUUUUCUAUAUACAUCUAGAUAAAAUGUUAGAAUGUCUGAAUUUCGAUUAUUUGGAUAUCGAAAAUCAAAAAUAUAUAUAUUGUUUUAUCUAUAUAAGAAUACAAAAGAUUUAAUUUAACCUCGACGAUGAUUUUUGAACAAAAUUUGUUAGAAAGCCUAGGUUAGGGCACGUUUGUUGAAGGAAAAACGGGGUUCACCCAGGAGGAACUUUUUCGCAAUUUAAAUUUCGAGCUCGCGAGCUCGUUAACUCUUCUGCAAUUAAAAAAAAGAAAGAAAAAAAAAAAAAAAGAAUAUACCAUCGAGAAACUCGCGUUCAACUUUAAAGAACGACCUUUUCGCAUUCGUGAAUUUCUCUUCUCUCAUCCCUUCUUUCGUUUCAAUUUGCUCGAAUUUCAAUUUCGAAAAGGAAUUAGAAAUCGCGCAAUUUAAACAAGAAACCGCCGAUUCUUUUUUCGUCAUCGCGAGCACGUUCCAACUUGUUUCAACGAGGGAAGAAGAAUUGGAAGAAGAUUCGAGGAAGUGGAACGUGGAACAAGAAUCCAUUUUCAUCGGUAACAAGGCGAUCUGUUUAUAGAAAUUAAGACAUGU